ACCGAGCAGCAUCACAUCAUCUUCGGCUGUAGCGAUGACGCCCAACGUCCUGAGGGUGCUGGCAGCGCUGCUCUGCCUCCUGCUUGUCCACGCAGAAGUCCAGCCUCAGAAGGACUUCGACCUGCAGGCGAUGGCAGGGAAGUGGUACCUGAUCGGGUUUGCCACCAACGCCCCGUGGUUCGUCAGCAAAAAGGCCGAGAUGAAGAUGGGGACGGCCGUCCUGAAGCCAACUGCAGAUGGCAACCUGGACAUGUCCUACUCCAGCCUCAACUCAGACGGCUCCUGCUGGAGGAUGUCCCACCUGGCCAAGAAGAGCGAUAUCCCCGGAAAAUUCACGUUCCGCAGCCAGCGUUGGGGCAAUGACAACGACAUGCGGGUGGUUGAUGUGAAGUCUGAUGAGUUCGCCCUGGUCCACACCAUCAAGACCAAGGGCGGCGUCUCCACGGUGCUCAACAAGCUCUACGGUCGCACCACGGACGUGGGCCAGGACAUCAUGGACAAAUUCCGCAAGUUGUCUGUAGAGACGGGCGUUUUGCCGGAGAACAUCGUCAUCCUGCCCAAGAACGGGGAAUGCGCUUCCGCAUAAACGCUUCCAGACGUGAAUCACUGCGUCUAUCUGCGGCCAUCGACGUGCAUCUUUCUAGCAAAGACAGUCCUGAAGCCUUCCACUGCUUUCAUUUAUCAGCAAAAAUAAAAGUGUCACUUUCACACUCGAAAAGCCAA